AAGCAUGCAACAGUCUGGUCAUGUGACCUGGCAGAUGAUGCAAACACACACACACACAUCUCUCCAGCUGCAAUAUAAGAGAAUAUGGAUGAUUUCUGUGCUCGACUAAGAAGGAAAACCUGCACGUUUUUUGAUGUGUCAGUGAAAUGAACUGAAGCGUGAGCGUCUGUCCGUCAGCAGGAUGCAGAAACACACACACAAAGACGCUCUUCACUGACGCUGAGAAUCACAACCGGCUAAGAUGGUUUGCAUUCUCACUGUGUUUGCAUGCAUUUCUUCAGCUCUUAUUGUCACCGGACACAUGGCACUGAAUGACAACCGUGAUGUCGUUAACGUGGCAAACUAUGUUAUGAACUUCCACAAUAGCAUGAGCAACUACACUUAUGCCUUUAAAGUGGUGAAAGUCUUAUCAGACGCAGCUCAGCUUUAUCCUCCUGCACGAGUGAAAUACACCUUACAGAUUGAGGCAGCACAGACGGUCUGCAAGAAUCAAGAGAAUGUCAAUAUCACACAAUGUGCUUUUCAGGAUAACGCUGAGACUAUGACCUGCUCUUUCAGUGUCAUCGCAGUGCCAGGAAAUAAUUAUAUCCCCAAACGUGUGCUGUCACAUCAGUGUGGCUGAAUGGACCUGCGGUUAAUAAUAC